AUGGGCAAGUGGAAAGACAGAUCAUACGAUUAUCGGUUUGAGGAACAAAACUUGUGGAUCAUAGUGGCGCAAAAAUCGAAAAAUCAUGUGGCGAUAGUAACACUGGUAGAGCGUGAGGAUAGUGAAAUUGAAAUGGUCUUGUUUGUACCUACUAAUCCUGAAGAGAAAGAUCCUGAGACUCAAGCUGUGUUUGAAAAAGACGGAUUUUAUUCUAUUGGCGCAGUUUCUGAUGUUGAGGCGUCGUCUUCAAUGAUUUCUGGAGAUUUUGUUGAUAAAAGUCAUGAUUUUUCGAAUAAUUUUGUUUCUCCAAAUUAUUCAAAAGUUGAGGAUUUAGAUAAUUCUGUGACAGUCACUGAUAAUAAUGAGUUGCAAUUAGAUGAUGAUAUUGGUUGUAAUGAAGUCGUUGCAAGCGAUAAGACUGAAGGAAUAAAGAAGAAACGUCAGAGGAAUGCGAAUAGUG